CCCACCCCUCCCCGAUAACCCUUACCUCUAGUCCCUCGCCUCCAUCCAUUCCAUCCCCUUCCUCCCCCGUUCCCCUACCACAGCCGCCAUGGCUGGAUGAAGAACAAGCAAAAAUGGAGAUCUGAAGAAAAGGAACAGAGCAAGAUGCAGCAGGGGACAAGAAUGUCAGGCAGUGGUACCUCUUCCCAUGAUGACUGCAGGUCAUCAAUAUAACUUUGCAGAAGACACCAUUGGUACACAGCUUGGACAAUCCCAAUAUCCUGGAGAAUUGUUUGAUCCCAGUCUAUUUGGAAUGCAAAACAAUAGAGCAAGUUUUGUGCCGAUGUUUUAUCCCUACUCAUUUCUUCCCCAGGGGAUGACUUUUCGUGCUACCUCAACAAAUGGUCUGGUCGGCCAGUCUGUUGGUAAUUUUGCGCAGCAGCAUCAGCCCCCUGGGCUACCUUCUGGUGCUACCUCAACAAAUGCUCCCGUUGGCCAGUCUGUUGCUAAUUUUUGGCUGCAACAUCAGCCCCCAGCAGGAGGGUUAAGUCAAGGAUUAGGCAUGAACAUGUCAUAUACAGAAAUGUUGCUCGCUGCUGAUUGUGAGGCUGCUUAUUUUGGAUCACCCCACACAAGCCGCUAUCCUGUUGGUGCUGAGAACGAGACGUUCAUGAUAACUGGGCGAAACUCAGACUUGAACCAACAAACUGAGAUGGGGGAUCCUACAUCAAACAACAUAUUUGAAGACAAUGAGAAUUCAAACUGGGACAACUGCUUGUCUGAUGCCUAUCAUCCUAUACCAUCUGUGAAAGCUUUGACAUGGAAAGAUACUGUCCCAACUCCUGGUGCAGAAUUUAUGGAAGCUCUUGGGAUGUGUGACAAUGACAAUGUCAUUGAUGAUGAUCCGCUGAGUGAUGAGUCGAACGAUGAAACAACUGCUUUCGAUAAUGUGCUUGCGGUCUCUGAAGAAUGCGCUGAUGUAGUUGUUGUUGAGGAUGAGAUUCAGCAGACUGAAAAUGCAGCAAUGGACAAUGAUCAUGUGAGACUGACCCCAGAUGACAUAGACAACUUUCUUGAGGAAGAUGGUAUUGCUGCAGAACAGACUUCAAGCCAACAGGUCAGAAGCCUACAUGUGCCACAGAUGGGCAUGGUAUUUGACACGUCGAAUGCAGCCCUAGUGUUUUACAACCAAUAUUCUUCCAUCAGUGGAUUUGCUGUGAGAAAAGCAUCAAACUACCGUGGGUAAACUAUCCCAGGAGGCGGUGAGUCUCGGUGCAUCUUCAGAUGCAACAGGGCGGGAAAGGUACUUGAUGAGGAGCAAAAAGAGGCCCAAAGGAAAAAAGGCAAGAAAAACGGCAAGAGAAAACUGGCAGGGUACCACCAGAGAAGACAAGGAAAAGGAGGAGGAAUGCUAUUGACAUAACAGGUUGCCAAGCUAAAUUAGUUGUCUCAAAGAGGAAUGACAGGUGGUUCAUCACAGAUAUGAAUCUCGAGCACAACCACGAGUUGAGUCCGCCGGAAGAGACCAAGUAUUUGAGAUCCCACAAACAUAUGACAGAGGAAGAAAAGUUGUUUGUUCGUACAUUCAACUCUGUGAAGAUGCCCACAAGAAAAAUCAUGGCCAUUCUUGAAUAUUUACGACAAGGCCCACUACCUUACACGAAAAAGUUUGUUAGUAAUGUGAGAGCAUCCAUGAGAAAGGAGAAUAGUGGCAAUGACAUGAUGCAACUUCUGGACUACUUUAGGGGAAGACAAGCGGAUGAUUCAAGAUACUUUUACAAGUUCAAGGUUGAUCCGAAGAACCCAAGCAAGGUCCUAUGCAUUUUUUGGGCAGACGGAUAUUCAAGGAAAAUGUACUAUCUGUACGGUGACAGCAUAAGCUUUGACACAACUUACAAGACCAACAAAUACAAUCUUCCCUUUGCUCCCUUCGUUGGUGUUUCUGGACAUGGGCAGAAUUUCUUGUUUGCAUGUU